GUACCACCAGGCCAAACUCGAAUGACUACUGAAUAAGGCCUACAUGUUCUGAUCUUUUUGUUGUUGUAUUCAAUUCGGUGCUCAGCGUACACGCAUUGCGUGGGACGUUGUCCGCUAGUAGGAGGGGUCUCAGGCGUUUUGGGCCUGGGCUACAACUGCGGAGGAGAGAGCAGACCAGGCAGCGUGGUCGAGUCUGUAGCUGAAACCCGCGGGGGAAAAAAAAGUUACUUUGAGUGAGAAAAGAGAGACCGAAAAUAUGUCCGGAGAAGACGAUCAACAAGAGCAGACCAUCGCCGAUGAUUUGGUCGUCACCAAGUACAAAAUGGGCGCCGAGAUUGCCAACCAGGCCCUAAAGGCUGUGGUGGAGGCAGCCAAGGCUGGUGAGACAGUUGUCAGCCUCUGUGCGAAGGGAGAUGCCUUCAUCAUGGCUGAAACUGGAAAGGUCUUCAGGAAGGAGAAGGACCUGAAAAAAGGCAUCGCUUUCCCAACCAGCGUGUCUGUCAACAACUGUGUGUGCCACUUCUCUCCGCUGAAGAGUGACCCUGAGAUCGUACUGAAGGGCGGGGACCUCGUCAAAAUUGACCUGGGGGUGCACGUGGACGGCUUCAUCUCCAACCUGGCUCACAGCUUUGUGGUGGGAGUGACCAAGGAUGCUCCGUUGACGGGGCGUAAGGCUGACGUGAUCAAAGCGGCACACUUGUGUGCCGAGGCUGCCCUCAGACUGGUCAAGCCUGGAAACCAGAACUCGCAGGUCACAGAGGCCUGGAACAAGAUCGCCAAGUCAUUCAAAUGCUCAGCCAUUGAGGGCAUGCUGUCCCAUCAGUUGAAGCAGCACGUUAUUGACGGAGAGAAAACCAUCAUUCAGAACCCCACGGAUCAGCAGAGGAAGGACCACGAGAAGGCUGAGUUCGAGGUGCAUGAGGUGUACGCCGUGGAUGUGCUCAUCAGCACCGGAGAAGGCAAGGCAAAGGAUGCAGGCCAGAGGACCACCAUUUACAAGAGGGACCCAGACAAGCAGUACGGCCUGAAGAUGAAGACGUCCAGGAGUUUCUUCAGCGAGGUGGAGAGACGCUUCGACGCCAUGCCUUUCACUCUCAGGGCGUUUGAGGAUGAGGGUAAGGCUAGGCUAGGUGUGGUGGAGUGUGCCAAACAUGAACUGCUGCAGCCCUUCAACGUUCUGCAUGAGAAAGAAGGUGAGUUUGUGGCCCAGUUCAAGUUCACCGUGCUGCUGAUGGCCAACGGACCCCUACGUAUCACCACAGAGCUGUAUGAGCAGGAGCUGUACAAGUCUGAACAUGAGGUAGAGGACGCAGAUCUCAAGGCCUUGCUCCAAAGCUCAGCGAGCCGCAAGACACAGAAGAAAAAGAAAAAGAAGGCUUCAAAGACCGUGGAAACUGAAACGGCACCAGGACAUCCAGCGCCAACGAAGGUCGAGGAGACUGAAGCUGCGAAAUAAAACCUUCCACCCCCCCACCCCAACCCUGUCUUCGUCUCCAAGAAUACUGACAGACAACUGACCAACCCAAAGAACAAACGUCAAUAAUCCCUCCAUCCUACCUUCCCAUCUUGACAUGCCUGCCUUGUGGCGUGGCCUAGCCUUCUGUGAUGAAAACCUCCAAAUGUUAACGAUGUCAGACUACCGGGUGAUGGUGUUGCUCACGCCUAAAUUCAACUUCCUGUCACAUCCCUUUUCAAUAUCAAUGUCCUUGAGACAGCAGGGUUCUCCCCCAGAAUAGUAAACACGUUCGGUGCGAUGACGCUGAAAGAGAGGGAUAUUGAGUAGAACGAGGGCAUUUUCCGGAGUAGAUUCUGUGGGAGACACGUUUAUACCAUCCAGUCAUUGAGCCUUGAACUGUAAUUCUAUAAUGAUGUAUGAAGGCAAAGCACGACAGUGGAGGGUUUGAGAUGACUGUACUGCAUUGUGCCAAUGAUAAUUGUGUAAAGGAAAACCUUGUUUGAGGUCAUAAGCAAGAAGCAAUGUCUCUGAAGUGGAUGUCGGUGUGUCCUAUUAGGGAAUUAAAUGGGUAAUAACUUAAACCCUGCAUUAGUCUACUUAACGCUGUUAUAAACCGUCAUAACCGCAAAUGUUAACUGUCUACAUUGUCACACAAACGUAUUUACAGUGGAUACGCAAACUUCCUAGCGGCAUACCUAGCUAUCUUACCCCCAGUUACAGUUUGUGACAUAACUGUCAAAUCCGUUGCCGUGGACAUAUAGUCGAUGGAUUUUUAGAACAGGGAGUCGGAUAAGUGGCUUGCUCUCACUGCACAUACAGACAUUUGAUAUUCUUAUACCCAGUAAUGGAGGGUUCAGGUGUUCCCAUUAAAUGAUUUGUUCUGUGUA